AUGAAACCACAAAAUAAUAUUCCAUUACGUUCAGCUAAAAAAGCAGUUCGUCGUUUAAGAAAUGCUAAUACUCGUGCUACUCGUAAUGAUCUUUUAUCAGCGAUACAUCUUAAUGAUUUUAAUGAUGUUGAAAUGACAAGUAAUCUAAGUGAUAAAUCCGACGUUCAAACAAAUGAAAUUGAUGACGUGUUAAUGCAAGAGCAAAACGAAAAACAAUCGAGUGAUGAUUCAGUUUCAUUCGAUCAUAUUAUGAACGAUGUGUCCAGUGUUGAUUCUUGUUCAAGCAAUGUUGAUGAUGAAGUUUUACAGAAUAUACCACACAAUUUUAUUGAUAAUAAUUCGAGUACUGGCUUUGCAUCAAUCCCAACAACACUAUGUACAUUCAAAAUUUUGCCACAAAUAAUAGCGAUAUUAGAUAGACAUAGUUUGAUGAAUCAGCCAGCUACUGAUCAUUCAAAAAUAUCUGAUUUUAAAGAUGGUAAAGUUUGGCGAGCCAUUAUACGCCAAGAACGAACUACUGAUCCAAUGAAACAAAUAGCAACCCUGCUACUAAACAGCGAUGGGGUUGUGUUAAAAAAAUUUAGUCGUUCAAUAUGGAUCUGCUCAAUGAUAAUAAACGAGUUGCCUCGAAAAAUUCGAUUCAACCAUAACAAUAUAAUUAUUUGCUGUAUUUCAAUGGGAGGAACAAAACCCAAAAAAACACAAUUUCAGGAUUUCAUUUCGGAUUGGGUGUAUGAAUUACGUCUGAUGGAAUUAGGUUUUCACAUAUCCCCUCCAAAUCUAAAUCAUGGUUUCAUCAAAGUACAUGCUUAUCUCAUCGCUGCAGCAGUUGACAAACCAGCAGCAGCACUUUUAAUGAACUUGAAAGAUCAUUCUGGUUUCUACAGUUGUGUCCAGUGCAAUAUUCGAGGUGAACUUUAUAUCUCUUGUCACUCAGAAUUAGGAGAGUAUUUUUUGGGUGUAGGUGUAGAAGGAGGUUUGAGUGGAGGUAGAGAUUUGGGUGGAGGUGGAGGUUUGGGUGGAGGUGGAGGUUUGGGUGGAG